AUGGACGAAAUGGAAGGGCAAGCGGCAGCACGGAUACAAGCAGUGCAACGAGGGCGACUUGCUCGAUUUUCUGCUGAUCGACGAAGACGGAGCCUUGUCCGCAGAGAAGCCACGGCACGAUGGGAAAGGGAGCAAGCCGUCAUCAAGAUACAGGCUGCAUGCCGAGGUACAAGAGGCCGCGAGGAAACAGCACUUUACCGAGAGCAGCAGGCAGCGGCAUCUAAGAUUCAGGCAAGAAUACGUGGGGACAAAGCAAGGAAGGACUUCAACCGAAAGUCACCAGGAGGACUACCACUUGAUCGAGCAGACAUAAAAAAAGGUCUUCACACCCUCGGACGCAACCCACAUGAUUUGCGUCUGUGUUACAUCGGAUUGAUGGCAGCGAACGCAGGGGUUUCCAACAUCAACUCUAUCGCCGAAUUUCCUUUGCUCCAAACGGUGGAUCUGAGUGGAAACUGUAUAUCCAGCACGAAGCCCCUGUCGAGGCUGCCCUUCUUACACGACCUCGACAUAUCUCACAACUGCCUGACAAGCAUCGACAGCCUAAGAGAUCUGUCGCACCAUCGAAACCUCCAGCACCUCGACCUAAGCCACAAUGCUAUCGAAGUGCUGGAGGGACUAUCAGCUCUCAAGUGUCUUCGAACUUUGAGGAUGAACAACAACAAGAUACGCCGGAUCGAGGGACUCGAGGGGUUACCAUUGGUGGAGCUGCACCUCGAUCACAACUACAUAGAGAAGGCGGAAAACGUCGGCUCCGGCAAGCUAGCCAGCCUCCGCAUCCUCCGACUUGGCUUCAACGACAUUGGAAACCUCUCCAACCUUAAGACCUGCCUCUCGCUAGUCACCUUGGAUGUUCGGUUCAACAAAGUUUCGGCAGUGCGCCAGGUCGAGUACUUGCAGGAGUGCCAAUUUCUGCAUACCCUCGUUCUAGAGGGGAACCCCAUGGAUCGCCUAGAAGCUUACCGCGCCCGGGUGAUUUUCCGGCUGCAAGGGCUGAUGCUUCUCGACAGGAACAAGAUAUCUCCCGAAGAAAAGGUGAAGGCGGUGAACCUUAUGGGCGACGAGGAAAGCGACCUCCCGCACCGUAAGCAGGUCUUCCACAAGCACCUCCCCGGAGCAGAGUUCACCAACACCCUGCCCCCUUUCCGUGAGCCUGAGGGGCCUCCGGCACCGGAACCCGACCCGGCCGAGAAACCGGAAACGGUCAGCGGCAGCGACAGCCCCGAGGAGGGGGGAUUCGUGUUUGAAGACUCUACAGUGUCUAUCGUCGACCCUCCAGCUCCCACCGUGGUCUCUCGUGAGGCAAUAAGCUGCGUGGAGCACGUCAUGACGGCGUCCUCCUAUGGCUUCUCGAGCGUAGCGCUGCAGUAG